AUGUCCAGAAAGCACAGAAACACAGCCAUACUUUACUUUACAUUUUUGUUUCAUGCCCUCGAAGACUACUACUACAGAGCCUACGACCUACUCACGAAACUUGAUCAACUGAAAGAAUCUCUCACCGGCGCCAACCUACCCGACGACCUCAAUUCAACCAAGAUGGCCAUUGACGAACAAACCCUGGUCAAGAAAAAAAUUAUGAAAGCCCCUAUCGAGGCAAUGGAGAGUGAAGGUCAACGAUUGGUCGAAAGAAUGUGUGGGGGCGGAAGUGGUUCGGGAAGUUUGACUUCGUCGUCGUCGUCAUCAUCUGGAGUAUCGUCAAUGAUGAUGAUGUCAAAUUCCGACAUACAGGCAGCUGUUCCAGCUACAAAGCAGCUAAUAAACAAUGUGAGAGCCUCUUGGCAGCAGCUGCAUCAUCUCUGGCACGGAAGGAAACUUAAGUUGGAGCAGUGCUUUCAACUGAGGCUCUUUGAAUCCGAUGUCGAGAAGAUGUCAGAAAGAAUAUCGAACGAUCGGCACGUCUUCCAGAUGAGUUACACGGAAAUAGGAUCGAGUCACGCCGAAUCAACUCGUCUUCAGGCCGAACACGAGCACUUCUCCACCAAUGCUAUGAAUCUCCACAUAAAUGUAGCGCACAUUCUGUCGGUUGCGCAACGGCUCUGCGACUCUGGGCACUACGCCACGCACGUUAUCCGUCAACAGGCGACGAGGCUCGAUCGGGAUUGGUCUAAUUUUACGACGGCUCUAGCCGACAGAACAAAAGUUUUGUCCCUCUGUGUCAUCUUUCAUAAAAGGGCUGAAGAUUACCUAUCCGAACUCCCGAAAUGGGUGGGUAUGUGUGACGAUGUGAAGGUUCCGGAUAAUGUUCAGCAGCUGGAGGAGAUGAUCUCAACUCAUCAGUCACUCAUUGACAAUGUACUCGCCUGCUACACUCAGGUAUGUGCAGAUGGUAAGCUGUUGUUGGACACCCUACAGACGCCCGUCUCCUCUGGCAGCAACAACUCCCUGGUUGCCAAGGCUGACUACACGGAUGGCGCAUCAAGGAUUAUGGAGAUCAUUCAUGAGGUGUUGGAUUGGAUGGAGAAUCACGGAAUGGUCUUCCUGAACAAGAACCUCUCAGUUGGCAAGUCCCUGCAAACCGCUAAAGUCUUCCAGAAGAAUUAUGAACAUUUUGAAGCAGUUGCCCAGAACACGAUAACGAACACUGAGAAGUUACUAGCAGCUGCGGACGAGUUGGCCCAGACCGGCGAAUGUAACGCGCAAGAGAUUUAUGCAGAGGCCAGGCAUCUUGAAGACAGGAUGAGCGAGUUCCUCAUGAGAAUUGAGAGGCAGCAUCGUCUGCUUGAUCUGUCCGUGGGAUUGUUUGUUCACGUUGGCGAGGUGGGAGAGCUGACACAGUGGACAGAGGAAUUGAAAAAGAACCUGACAAGUUUGGACGUCCCUGCCUCAGUGGAGAGCUGUGACGACGCCAUCGUCCAGUUCACCCAGCAGAAGUGUGCCACCAUCGACGCUUACACUAACACCGUCGCUCGAGGGCAGAACCUCCUGGAGCAGUUGAGGUGGUUGAAAGAGUCAGGUGUUCCAGUGGAUUCUUCGGACUGUUCAGGCAUUGAGAUGGUCCUCAUGGAACUUGAGGGCGAGCGUGGCAAGCUUGACGAACUCUGGAGUAGCAGGAAGGUGAAGCUGGAACUUGCAGUUCAGCUGAGGCUCUUCGAACGAGAAGUCAUGGAGCUCUCUCGACAGCUUGACAUGUGGACGAAGGAGUCCAACAAGAUAGAACUGGGCAGCGAUGUUAGUCAGGCCGAGAAGAACUUGCAACUUCACAGUGAGAAGGUGCUGCUACUGAAGAAUACAAUCUAUGAGAUCUGUCAGAUGGGCCAAGAUUUGUUGCAGAUAUUCGACAGACAUAUUGGGAAGAAUUAUUCCCCAGUCGAUCAGCUGUCAGAUGCACCCAAACGCAUACAAGCUCUGCUCGAGUUCAUUAAAGAGCAUGAGAUGGAGCUGGAGUCGGCAGCAGAACAGAAGAGGAUAAAGUUGCACCAAUGCGUUCAAUUGAGGCACCUGGAAAAUGAAGCAAAACAGGUCGUCAUGUGGAUAAAAAACAGCGAAUCUAUAAUAUCGGCUGGACUUGUAUGUCCGAGUUCAUACCACGAAGCUGAGCAACUUAGGAGAGAACACGAUCAAUUUCACACCGCUAUCGAGAAGACGCACCAGGUGGCGAUCCAGGUGAUGCAGAAGGUAGAGCAGAUGACGCAGGCGAGCCACUACAACGCCGAGUUCGUGAGGUCCGUCGGCGACAAUGUGGCCAGUAGAUGGCAGCAGAUGAUGUUCCACGCAGAGGAGAGGAUGAAGUUGGUCAUGGCCUCUACCAACUGGUUCAAAACCGCCGAACAGGUAUGUUCGGUUCUUGAGAGUCUGGAGAAGGAAUACAAGAGAGAUGAGGAUGGCUGCACCAAUGAAAAAACGACAUCUGUUGAGAAUAAGGUCGCAUACAUCGAGCAUCAAGUUAAGAAGCACCAAGAACAGAAGGAGGCAUUUCUGAAAGUCACAAGGAAUCCGGAGAUACAAGUUCAAGCGACAUUGGAGCACUUGCACAGACAGGAAAAUACAGUUUUAGAAUUCUGGACUGAGAGAAAGAAGAAGCUUGAUCAGUGCUAUCAAUAUGUUAAUUUUGAGUAUAGCGCUAAGCAGGUGAUAGAAUGGAUAAAUGACAAAGGCGAACUAUACCUCACAACACACACACACGCCGGGCGAACGACUGAAGAAAAGGAGACCCUAAUAAAAGAGCACAACGAGUUCAAGGCCAACGCCAAGGAAAUUCGAGAAAGAGUACGUCAGCUGAUCCAACUGGCCGAUAGUUUGAUGGAGAAGGGUCAUGUUCAUGCCAACAACAUCAAGUCAUGGACGGAGAAAGACAACAAAGUAGCCAUGGAUGCUAGUUUGGAUAAUGGAUUGCAGCAGGUUAACAAGUCCAUACAUGGAGAAAAGAGAAAGUCACAGAAGAAGAAGGAGUAUUAUUACUUCAAAGAAAUGAUCCGACCUGCCAACCAAUCAGUCAUCCCAACUGGAAUAGUUGACAAGCAAGAUAUCAUAUUCGGCAACAUCCAUGAGAUAUACGACUUCCACAAAAAAUUUUCGGCCUAUGUGAGGUACUGCAAGAACAAGCCGGAUUCGAACCAGAUACUGGUGCAACACGGUGGAACCUUCUUCGAUGACAUACAGCGGAAACAUAAUAUUCCUGGUCCCAUAUCGUCGUACCUGAUAAAGCCAGUUCAGAGGAUAACAAAGUACCAACUCCUCCUUAAAGACCUGCUGUCCUGCUGUGAUGAAGGUCAAGGAGAGAUCAAGGAUGGUCUGGAGGUGAUGUUGAGUGUUCCUAAGAAGGCAAACGAUGCAAUGCAUCUAUCAAUGCUUGACGGAUAUGAUGGGAGCUUAGAAGCAUUAGGAGAAGUUUUACUCCAGGAUACAUUUGUGGUGUGGGACCCGAAGUUACUAAUUAAGAAAGGUAGAGAGAGGAGAUUGUUCCUGUUUGAUAUGUGUCUGCUGAUGAAUGAGAUUGGAGUGACAGAGCACAUAGAAGGUGAUGCUUGCAAGAUGGCACUCUGGGCUGGCACUGUGGCUCCUACCUCUGACUACAAAGUCAUAAUGAGGGCAGCUAACUUGGAGAUGAAACAACUGUGGGUGAAGAGGUUGAGGGAACUAAUCCAGGAACGUCUCCUCUACAUCCCACCGUCUCUCAACGACUCACUCCCCAAAGUACCCCCCCUGCGGAUGGUUCCGCAGCCCCCUAAGCUGCCGAGCAACUUCCAGCAGCAACAGCAAAUGCAGUUACAUCAGCAGCAGCAACAGCAAGCUAUGCAGGCUGCUAGCAACAGAGGGAGUAGAAACCUGGAUGACGAUACAUCCCUUGAGGAACUCUCCCUCGAGCAUGGCUCUACCUCUCUACCUCAGGCUGGCUCCACCACGUCUGUCAAUCUCAGUAUCGCUACCACGGACAGUAGUGGGAGUAGUAACAACAGUGGAUCCAGGCUCUCACUGGCUCAAACUAAGAGCUCGACAGAGAUCUCUGCCUUAACAGAAGACCCCACUUCGGCCGCUUGUAGUGAUACAUUGAAUGCAGUUGGGGAGGAGGAAGAUCUGUCAAUCAUCCAGCAGUCAGCUAAUCAGGAUGUCGAUGAUUUCCUGACGGAGAAUGCAGAGUGUCUCGAGUCAAAUACACCUAAAUCUAAGACAACUAAUUUUAGAAAAUGGCUCACAAAUCCAGUUCGUCGUUUGAGUCAGGGCAAACUUGAUAAAGGUCAAGUGGUUGGAGGGGUCACUAAUAACAACAGCGAUGUCAAAGUUCAAGGGCAUUCGCUGAUUACCCCUGGGCCAUCGACGGCGUCUUCUAAGCUGUCAGCAGCGUCUACAGCAGCUACUUCAUCGUCGUCCAAUAGUUUGUUCUAUGCAAAUCUGCCGCCCCUGAUGAACCAGGAACUACAAGCUUCUCAAACAGCAGCCACAGCAGCUACUGCUUCUACCGCCAUGAUAUUUUCACAUCAGCAGCAGAUGCGCGCCUCAUCGUCGUCAUCCUCACUUCCGCCGGUCCCGGGAGAUGUACCGAAUAUACCGGGGGUCGAGAUACCGCCGCCCAUGCUUCAAAUACGCUCCAUCCCUAACCAAGUCAAUCCCAACAAUGCUCCCUCUCACUCGUCUGAUAUUGUUCAAGAGCUAGAGCACUUGGUUCAGUUGAGGAUUACAAAUGAGGCCAAUGGCAUUCAACAACACACAACUGCUGCUGUCACUGCUAGCCAACAACACUACAAAGGUGAUGUUGAAUCGUUGCAAGCUCCAGUAAAAAGAUCUGCCCCUCUACCAACGACUACACCCAACAACAACAACAACAACAAUAAUAAUUAUAACAACAACAAUAAUAACUACAAUAAUAAUAAUAAUAAUAAUAAUAGUAAUAAGCCAUCAUCGUCGUCGUCAUCUACACUGCCAUCAUCCUAGACGGUAGGCUACUCUCGUUACAACUGUCAUCAAAACAUUAAAGACUUU